CAGUCGGGCCCGGUGUCGGUUCUUCCACGUCAGGGGGGAUUUACGCGGACGAGCGGACGGAGAUUCCUGAUGGAUCCGAAGCGCAGAGAGCUGUAAGUUGGAGGCGGAAAACUGGAAAACUUCCCACCAGGUGCAUAUUUAGUGUUUUGAUGAGCGUGCUGCGGUGGAGAGGAUCACCCCGGGCAUCUGCUGCUGCUGCCGGUCGCCGCUGCGCACCGUGACGCGCCGGGUAGCGCGGCGAGGAGCCCCGGCAGCUUCACCCGGAGAGUCCGGAGAGGCAAACAAAAACCUCAGCGCUACUUAAAAUCUCCUCCGCACUGGAUUUGUCAGUUCAGGCUCGCGUGUGGUUUCAUAUCCCGGAGAUGCCACCUGUCUCUCGCCUCCGUCCUCCCCUGGAUCGGAUUGGGAUGGAUGUGGCGUCGUGAGGAGGCACCAGCCUGCGGAUAAUCACAGUUUGGACUUUUUGGCUCCCGGUGCGGCUCGCGGCUCUCCCUCAUGCAGCUCCUCCGGCUGGCCUGGGCUCUGACUGCCGCUGCGGUCUGCUUCCUGCUCCUCCUGAUCCUCCACAGCCAGAUCCUGAGAGAAGGUCAGCUGGCGGCAGGGACCUGUGAGAUCGUCACUCUGGACCGGGACAGCAGCCAGCCGAGGAGGACCAUCGCCCGGCAGACGGCCCGCUGCGCCUGCAGGAAGGGACAGAUCGCCGGGACAACACGAGCCAGACCGGCCUGCGUUGAUGUUCGUAUUGUCAGGAGUCGACAGUGGUGUGAGAUGACUCCUUGUCUGGACGAUGAAGGUUGUAAUCUCCUGGUCAAUCAGUCGGGCUGGACCUGCACGCAACCAGGAGGCCGAGUCAAGACCACCACGGUCUCCUGACAGCGGCGGCAAGGACAUACGCUCCCCAGAGAAAGAAUGGUUCCCAUCGUCCAUCACCCAUCAUCGCUGAGCGGAGCAUCUGCUGCCGCCACAGCUGCUGGCGACCAAUCAUUGGCCUCUAUCAAGGCGUCGACGCUCGUUACUUCAUUCCUGGGUGAACUGUGGAAACUGCCGCCUAAAAUUCUUUCUGGGAAGAAAGCCACUCAGUUUAUUUUCCAGGAGAUUUGAAUAGUGGAGUGUGACGAGCUGCUGGAUUGAUUUCUUUUGUUUGGCACCGAACUCUGUUUCGUUUUUACAGACCAAAGAUGAACAGAGCCAACGAUGAGACGUUUAAAGGGGGUGGAGACUUUCAGAACUCCCCCACAACAGCAUAUUCAUGUAAAGAAAUGAACACAUUGUGAUAUAUAAGCGACUUAACUGAGCAAAGUAAUUAUUGUAUACGAGUUGACAAAACAAGAAUCUGUAUGGGGAGAAGCUGUUGAUGUUUCUGUUGGCACAGUCCAGCUGUUCUUGUGCUGAACAUCAGGCUGGUGGAGAAUGUAAAAAAAAAAAAAAAAAAAUCACAUCAGGCAUUUUUCUUACAGCAACGUGAAACUUUGUGCACUUUUAACAGGCACCUGAAGACAUAUUUUAAAGUUCUGUACUGUUAAUGUAUAUGUACAUUAACGGUACAUAUACAGAUUAAACCCCGAUACUAAUGAAACCCAGACAUGUAAUGUAAAAAUACAUUUCA